GCCUCUUCUAAAUUUCCAUGUUUUCAAGCAUGCCAUUUGGGAUUGGUAGCGCAGACGGGAAAAUUAUUUCAUUCAUUCAUUGAUUUUUCAGAGAAACAGACGUGUUUACUUUACAUGAGAAACUAUGGAAAAAUAUUUAACAGCAAAAGAGAAGGCAUUGGAAGAUGAUAGUGAUUCUUCUCCCAUGAACAGCCAGUCCAGUAUUGAAAGUGGAGAUGAAAAUGAAGAACGUGGAAACUGGUCAGGCAGAUUGGACUUUUUCUUAUCAUGUGUUGGUUAUGCUGUUGGUUUAGGGAACAUUUGGAGGUUUCCAUAUCUGUGUUAUAAAAGUGGGGGAGGAGCAUUUUUGAUCCCCUAUGUGAUAUUUUUGGUGCUAUGUGGUAUGCCGUUAUUCUUUAUGGAAGUCAGCUAUGGACAGUUUGCCAGUCUCAGUCCUAUUACUGUCUGGAGGAUGUCACCUCUCUUUAAAGGUGUUGGUUAUGGUAUGGUUAUAAUCUCAGGGAUAGUGUGUGUUUAUUACAACAUUAUAAUAACAUGGACAUUGUACUUCCUGUAUAUGUCCUUCAGAGCAGUCCUGCCGUGGAGCAGCUGUGAUAAUUCGUGGAACACUGAGAAUUGCUACUUACAUUCUGACAAAGAAACCACCGACGUAAACUCUACUUCUUUCAUGUGGAAUGCAACUUCUGUUGGAAAUAUGACACAUGAAUUGUUAAAAUAUGUAAAUACAACUGAUAUGCUUAAAAAUGAAACAGUGAAACAGAUCACGCCCAGUGAAGAGUUUUGGGAGAAUCGUGUGUUGAAGAUGACUGAUGGGAUAGAAAACUUUGGUGGCAUCCGAUGGGAGCUGUUGAUAUGCCUGAUUAUUGCCUGGGUUCUGGUGUUCCUCUGUCUCUGUAAAGGUGUCAAGUCAUCCGGAAGGGUUGUGUAUGUCACAGCCACGUUUCCUUACUUGGUCUUGUUGAUCCUAUUGAUACGAGGAGUGACUUUACCAGGGGCAUCAGAAGGGCUCAAAUUCUACCUCAUUCCACAAUGGGAAAAGUUAGCCACAUUUCAGGUGUGGGGAGAUGCUGCAGUACAGAUAUUUUACUCUGUUGGUAUGGCCUGGGGAGGACUUAUUACAAUGGCUAGUUACAACAAAUUUCACAACAAUGUAUAUAGAGAUGCUAUGAUAGUGCCAUUGAUUAACUGUGGAACCAGUAUCUUUGCUGGACUAGUAAUUUUCUCCAUUCUUGGAUUCAUGGCCCAUGAGACGGGUGACAGGAUUGAAGAUGUUGUUACACAAGGACCAGGUCUUGUGUUUGUUGCAUACCCAGAAGCCGUAGCUAAAUUACCCAUUUCACCAUUGUGGGCAGUGCUAUUCUUCUUGAUGUUACUGACCAUUGGACUGGACAGCCAGUUUGGAAUGUUUGAAACUAUGACCAGUGCAUUCAUUGAUGAAUUCCCAGAAUAUUUAAGAAACAGAAAAGUUCUGUUUACAGCUGGCAUGUGCUUUGUUGAAUUUUUACUUGGAUUACCCUGUAUAUUUGAGGGAGGUAUCUACUGGCUACAGAUUAUGGACUGGUACUGUUCCACUUUCUCUCUUAUGCUGUUAUCUUUAACUGAAUGUGUGGUUAUCGGAUGGAUUUAUGGGGCAGACAGAUUCUAUAUGGAUAUUGAGUUGAUGAUUGGAUACAAACCAACAAUCUGGUGGAAAAUAUGCUGGAAAUAUAUCACUCCAGUUGUAAUUGCUUUUGUAUGGUUGUUCAGUGUAACACAGUUGAAACCUGUUAGCUAUGGUGAUUACCAGUACCCAUCAUGGGCCAUUGUCUUGGGUUGGAUGUUGGGAUUGGUGUCGUUGGUACCUAUUCCAGUUUGUAUGGGUGUCGCUAUCUACAAAUGUAACGAAGGAACAAUAUUACAGAGAGUCCAAAAGUUGUUGAAGCCUGACGAGUCUUGGGGACCAGCAGUAGAGAAAUACAGAUUAGAAUAUGAAGCCUCAAAAGAGUCCAGUUCAUCCACUGCACCUAUAUGUAUAUCUUAUAGAACUGAUGUUGUUAGCUUAUCAGAUGUUAAAAAGCAACCAGAAGGACAGAAUUUUGUUCUAUGAUGUGUAAAUGGAUAGAUAGACAUUUAAUGAUUGUUUGUGAAUAUUCCACCAUUUUGACAUUUGUAUGUUGAUUAGAUCUUGAUAAGUUAUGCUUGUGCUAUCUGGUCAAAGGGUUGCAAAUGUGCACUAUUUGAUAACACAGUUACACAUGUGCACUAAACAAUAACACAGUUACAUAUGUGUUCUCUGUGCUGUCAGAGACUACGCAGGAUAUCAGAGUUGUGUCGUAUUUAUUUGAAAAGUUGAAUGUAAAAAACUAGAAAAAGGACACUUGUGUUCAAAUAUUGUUUACUGAAUGGACAUAAAAUGGUACUAUUUGAAAUCUCAAUUAUUAGAUCUGUUAAACAUCUGUAUCUUCAUGUAUGUAAAGAGUUAAAGUUCAUGCAUAACAUGGUAUCUGUUUUGAUAUGGGAUCAAACAUAUAGACCAAUGUCCAUUUAUGCAGAGGCCUUUACUUCAAAAUGAUCAAAGAUUUUUAGAAAAGUUUUAGUUUAUUAGAUUUUAUAUUUGAAAGAUUUACA